CAUGGUCAUAAUCUCACAGCUCACAUAUAUAAAUAGAAAACUCACCACCUUUCCUCCUCUCCUUAACAUUUCUAUUUCCUAUUUUUAUUCUUUUAUUAUUUUGCUAUUUUUCUUUUUACAUUUCUUCCCCUCUAAUUUUAUUCAAUAAUCAUCUUGGAAAUUUUGCAAGAUUUGGAAAGAAAUCUGGUCGGAUCUUGCUUUGUGGGGUGUGGAUUUUGUUGGGUCUCAUUUCAAAUACAAAACAGCCUCUUCCCUUCCUCUUCUCCUUCCCCUCUUCUUCCUCUCCUCCUCUGUAACACAAGCCAUUAUAUCAAUCCACAAUAGCAGGAGGAAAAAGAAGAAGAAGAAGAAUUUUCUUUUUCUUGGUCUUCUCUCCUUUGUUUGUUAUUCUUGAUUUUGUAUUUUGGAUCUUCAAUUUGCUGCAAUGUCCUUAGCAGCAGACUCAAAGUUUCAUGUCUUAGCUGUUGAUGACAGCUUAAUAGACAGAAAACUCAUUGAGAGGCUCCUCAAGAUCUCAUCAUAUCAAGUUACUACAGUUGAUUCCGGUAGUAAGGCUCUACAAUUUCUGGGUUUACAUGAAGAUGAACAAAGCAACCCAGAAACACCUUCUGUUUCUCCAGAACAUAAUCAGGAAGUGGAAGUGAAUCUUAUCAUCACAGAUUACUGUAUGCCUGGCAUGACAGGCUAUGAUUUGCUCAAGAAAAUAAAGGAAUCUUCAUCUCUGAGAAACAUACCAGUAGUGAUAAUGUCAUCUGAGAAUGUUCCUUCAAGGAUCACAAGAUGUUUAGAAGAAGGAGCAGAGGAAUUUUUCUUGAAGCCAGUGCAGCUUUCAGAUUUGAACAAGCUUAAACCUCAUAUGUUGAAAACAAAAGUAAACACCCAGAAACAAGAAAAUGAAGAAAUCAAUGAAGAUGUAGGAAAAUCAGAAAGUUGCCCACAACUGCAGCAACAACGACCAUCACCAUCACCACCGCCGCCGUCACAAUCACCACAACAACCACCAGCCAACAAUAACAAGAGGAAGGCUAUGGAAGAAGGGCUUUCACCAGAUAGAACAAGACCUAGAUACAAUAACAUCACCACUAUGGUCUGAUAAAUCAUGAAAUCUUUUAUUAUGAUCAUUAUUGAUUUUUCUUUUUCAUCCUUUAACAAUGUAAUCCAGAUAACCUCUUUUUUUUUUUUUUUUUUUUUUUUUUUUUUUUUUUCCCUUGUAGAAGUUAGUGGUGGUUGAUACAGGCUGAAUAGCAGUGUAGAGAUAGAGCUGUUUCAUGUAUACAUUUUACAUGAAAAUAUUUCAUUCC